CAGUUCCCCUGCCCUCGCCUUCCUUUCACUCGAAUCGAACUCUUUCGCCCCAGACACCCACCCCAGCGCGAGAGUGACACUCUCCUCCCUCACAUCUCAACCCAAACCAGAUCUGCCGUCCUCCUCGCUCCCAUUCCGCGACGGAAGGCUUGCUCGGGUGGAACUCUUAUUUCCUCCAUUACACGCCACCUGUGGCCUUCACCCACAGCAUUCGUCGAAAUUAUUCUACGACGAUUCCUCGUGAGUCUCGAUGGGCUUCUCACGGAACAUCGUGACCGUCAACGUGGCCGCCGUCGCGGCACUCCUCGUUUUCACGUCACUUCCCGCGCUGGCUCAGGGAUGCUCGUUCUCAUCAGUAAAAGGCUACACUUCAGCGGUCUCCCCUAUUAAAGGAGUGAGCCUCCACUGGAAGGUCGUCGAUUCCACGACCGUCAAUUUCCUUCUCAAAGGCAACAGCUUCCGCAGCAAGGGUUGGUACGGCGUCGGGUUUUCCACCGACGGCGUAAUGACCGGCGACGCCUUCGCGGUUUCCAGCGAUUCGACAUCCCCCAAGGUUUUGGCUCUCACGGCCCCGGCGACGACCGGAGUCGCGGACGCGUCGUGGACUCCCGACGUGCUCACACUCAAGCAGAAGAGCGGCGGCCCGUCAUCUCUCAAGUUUCAGCGCAAGGUGGGGGAUGGUGGGUCGGUAACGAUCAAGCCCAAUGGCAAGAACGUCAUGAUGUUCGUUGUCAAGACGACUCCGUACGACACAAGUGUCGAGCAUGACCAUGAUGUUAUUGUCAAGGUGAACCUUGGUUGCAACCCAUGCAAAGCGCCGCUUGGCUUCCUGUUUUGCAAGGCUUGAGCUGCUAUCACCUACUUGCUAACUGAUCAGGGUUUUCUCCUGUCCUACUUCUCGUGGGCGGAGCAUGAAGGGGUUUUAAAUUAUCAAUGUGGAGUUUUGAAAUCUUGUGUAUUAUUGCAAGCAAUACGUUCACCGUUGGUUAUGUAGCUGACUGGUGGUUACAAAGCAAACUUGUGGCAGUCAGCUGUGCGUGCAAGCAGGGAAACCCCGAUGGUAGUGGGCUCCUUGUGUCAACUUAUUCAUUUGUUAUGCAUAUCUAGUUCUAGGCUAGACCGGUUCGUGCUCUUAGUGAGUACAAUCCAAACA